AUGGUGGGUAGAUUUGAUUGUAUUGGAUUCGGUCAGUUGAGCAGUGGCCUUGUUAGUGUCAUAUCUGGCAUACUGGCAUUCUUCCCCGUGGGCAGCAACAAGCUCUGGUACAUAAACUGGGGGACCAAAUUCUCUGCCCCCAUCUGGACUGGAGUCCUGUGGGAGGUGAGCUACAUUUUCUCUGUUUUGUGCACUGUGGCCUCACCAGUCCAAUUUACCAUUGCUGUGCUGUCCAUCUUACUGGGUCCCUACUGUUACUACACCUUCUCUGGAGCAGUGGGCACUGGUUACCUUGCCUAUGCUGUCAGCUACCCUUACCCUUAUCUGUCAUUUCCUGGCCUGUGUCUUGAACCCAGACACUAUGAGUGGUACCACUUGUCACUACAAACACUUGAUCUCGUCACAAGUUUGGUUACCUUUGUCCUGUCUCUCAUCAUCAUUAUCUUGCUAACCCAAAGAAUGCUACGUUCUGGACUUGUAAAUGGAUCCAGACAGCGUGGGAGUUAA